AUGAUGGACCCAGCGAUGGACUGGGGAACAAACUUUGCUCCCAAGGGUGAAUUUGAUCCUUCAGCCGCACUCUCCCCAGCCCAAUUGGUGUGGGUGAUGGACGAAAUGGCAGCCCGCGAACUCGCAUGGCACCGCGGGGGUACCAUGGCCCAGACGCUGUUCACCAGUUUGCAUUACCACAACGCACUCGACCUCGCACCCAACAUUUCUCCACGAGACGAGUCAUUCCCCAUCGUCGAGACCUCGUGCGUUGCUCUCCGCGCCUUCGUGCUCGCCUACGCCAAGAGUAUCGAGCUGGCGUAUUACCUCCUGUUGGAUGGUGGCGCGGUUGCGCGUGAUGGAGAGGAUAUCUGGCUGGACCCCUAUGGGAUUCCGCUUGAUACGACAGAGAGCCCCGAGGAGGUGGUGGGGUACGUCGAGGGCGUUAUUCGCUGGCUCCUCGCCGACGAGGAGCGCAUGUUUGACCCGGCAUGGGGGCAGAUCGUCCUGCGGUUGAGGUUUCGAAAGCUUCACCCGACUCAACAUGCACCGGCUUCGGCAUUCUAUACCUCGCCACAAUCGGUUCCAUGGGCAUUCGACGCGGUCACUCCGUUCUUGAGGCAGUCCAUGCCUCUCCCGUCGCUCAGUAUCCCUGGUCAUUCGGAGACCUGGGAGGCAAUGACUCUUGCUGCCAGCCAGCUCGAGAGCUGUUCUGCCAUUGUGCGACUUGACCUGGAACGCAGGGAGCAGUUCUUGCGCACGAGGGUGGUGGGCAUGCUGCCGAUUGUUCGGACGUUGUACAAGACCAUUCUGUGCGACGUGGCUAACCGCGACGAAAUGGUCGACGAGUGGCUCACGAAUGCUGGUCACCCGCGCCACAUCCUUGCUAUUGUCGACGCCGAAGUGACUGGGCCUACCGACAGGCGGUCGUACUCGUUAUGGCGGGACAUUGUCGCUGGCACACUCGCACUCAACUUGACCACGUCGCUCUGCAACCCCUCUCGUCGCCGCCGUGCCCUCUCUCACUUAUCAAGGACAUGGAGCGACCAAGCUGCCGCUGCGGCGCGUCUCAGCCACUACCCACAAGUGGCAGCCCUCAUCCCAGCCCUGCACGCCCGUGCCCUUGACGCCGAGCUGCACGCGGCUAUUCUAGCCUGGCCACUGGGUCUCGUCUCUGCCGCAGAGGCGAGGAUGACCUGGUGGUGGAUUCUGCUGCUCGCAAAGGCUAGGAAGGGAAUCAAUGUCUCUGGGUGGGAGAGGCGGUGGGCGGGCGUUUGGGCUGCCGUGGCCAGUGGCAUGCUUCUGCUGUACACUGCUCUUCCUGUAUCAAAGGAAAACGUCACCCUGCCGCAAUUCGUUCUCCGACACAAGAUCGUGCUCGGAACAGCAUCUCCGCCGCUCAAACCUACCCCAAGCGCGUGGAACAGUGCCAGGACUGCGCUGGACGCCAACUCAAACCCCAUGUCUACCCUCCCUCUUGCCCGCGCGUGGCUGGAAGAGGCUCUCAAGCUCCUCCCUGCUGUCGGUACGCGAGAACUGGACAUUGCGGGACUGAAGAGUGACUUGGCCGCCAACAUUGAGGUUCUGAAGGGGGCGCCAGAUGAGCAAGUGGCGUGGGUUCCAUGGAGCGCCAAGGAACGGGACGGGGAGAGCGGGGUGAUCCAUCGACUGGCUCAGCGUCCUCUUCCGUCCACUGCACCUUCUGCUGCUGCUGCAGGUGCAGGUGCUGGCUGGGAUGCGGGCGAGGACGAAUACAGCUAA